AUGGACCAAACUCUAUUUUUCAUUCUUCUCAUUGCUCUCUGCUCUGUAUCUGAAUGUUUUCUGCAUCAGUAUCACUUUAUAAAUGAGAACAAGGCCUGGACUGAAGCUCAGAGAUACUGCAGAGAGAAAUACACAGAUCUGGCCACCGUUGACGACAUGAACGACAUGAACGAGCUGAACAAGAGUGUGAAUGAUGGAAGUGUUCAGUAUGUCUGGAUUGGGCUGCAGAAGACGGGUCGUGAUGAAUGGUACUGGUCUUCAGGUGAACCUGCGCUCUAUCUGAACUGGGCUACUGGAGAACCGGAAGGCAGAGAUUAUUGUGCUAUGAUGUUAAAUGGAGAAUGGCAUGAUUUGCCAUGUAAUUAUAACCAACAUUUCAUCUGCAACAACAACGCUGAACUGAUUCUGAUCAAGGAGAAUCUGACGUGGUCUGAAGCUCUGAGAUACUGCAGACAGAAUCAUGUGGAUCUGGUCUUGGUUCAUUCAGAAGAGAUGCAGCAUGAGGUGAUGAACGUGGUUAAACGGGCGUCUACUGCGGCGGUGUGGUUGGGUUUACACAACUACUGCAUCAUGAACAUGUGGCUCUGGCUGAGUGGAGAGAUGGUGUGCUAUCAGAACUGGGCUCCAGGGAACGGGACGACACCGGAAAACUGCAGCCUCGAGAAGAGAAAAGGAGCAGUUCAGUCUGGAGGAGAUCAGCGCUGGAUCAGCCUUCCUGAAUCUCACAAACUCAACUUCAUCUGCAGCAGAUAUUAAGAGUGAGGAACACACUAAUGUGUUUACUUACAAUAACAGUUUUCAUAGGCCACUUCAUUAUUUUUCUGAUUAACUUUUAUGUUUUAUUUGUACUUUUAUAAGUUCUGAGUGAAUCUGCUUAUUCGGUUUUAAAAGUGGCGAAAAAUCUGUUUUAUUUCUGUGUUAUGAUAUAUGUGUCUUUGUAUAUCUGGGUGUGGUUAUGAUUCUGUAUGUUUUGCACUGAUAAUUUCUUUUGAACACAAACAUGAUAACACAACAUCAGCUCAAAUAAACUCACGUACAGCCAGAUUUGCCUCAUAUUUUCUGAUUUCAAAUAUGUAAAAUUUG